AUGUCCAAAGGCCGUGUCUGUCUUGCUUAUUCUGGAGGUCUCGAUACCUCUACUAUUUUGAAAUGGCUCAUCCUCGAGGGCUAUGAGGUUGUGUGCUUCCUCGCCGAUGUUGGUCAGGUCGAGGACUUCGAUGCUGUCGAAAAGAAGGCCCUCGCUCUCGGCGCGGAGCGCAUGAUCAUUGAAAAUCUUCAGAAGGAGUUCGUCGAGCAGAUCGUUUUCCGAGCAAUCCAGUGCAAUGCCAUCUAUGAGGACCGAUACCUCCUUGGAACUGCUCUGGCCCGACCUGUAAUCGCUCGCGCCCAGGUUCGCGUUGCUGAGAAGUACAACUGCAAUCUUCUGAGCCACGGCUGCACAGGCAAAGGCGUAAGCAAAACCCUCAGACUUUGA